AUGGCUCCACAGCAAAACAUCAACUUCCAGCCCGGUUUUGUUCCGCAGCAAAACAUCACCUUUGUACCCCCUCCAGCUCCCGCUCCUCAACCGCCCCCAGCAGCGUUGCCAGACAUUCAUUAUGUUACAGUAUAUGGCCCAUAUGGUAAUGUCAUCGGAACCCGACUCGAGACGGAGAAAGAGAAGGACGACAGGGAGUAUGCGGCGUGGAAGGCGGAGCACGGAGCCAAGUAG